AUGCCCACCGUAUCCGUCGACAAGCAGCGUCUAUUCGAAGCACUCGAGAGAAACUACACCUCCGAGGAGUUCAAUGAGCUCUGCUUCCGCUUUGGCAUUGAGCUUGAAGAAGACACCUCUGAACGCGAAGCAAACGAUGAAAACGGUGUCCCAGAGCGCCCAGAGUUGAAGAUUGAUAUUCCUGCCAACAGAUACGAUUUGUUGUGUGAGGAGGGUAUCUCUCGUGCUUUGCGUAUCUUUGAAGGCAAGAUGGAUGCACCCAACUAUCGACUUGUCAAGCCCGCCAGUGGUCAAUUAGAAAAGAUUAUUGUCAAGCCAGAGACCGCUCAAAUCAGACCCUACGUCGUUGGUGCUAUCUUGCGUAAUAUCACUUUCACUCAAGAGCGCUAUCAGAGCUUCAUUGAUCUUCAGGACAAGCUUCACAACAACAUUUGCCGCAAGCGUACUCUUGCAUCCAUGGGUACUCACGAUCUCGACACCAUCCAAGGUCCCUUCACUUAUGAAGCUUUGCCUCACAAGGAUAUCAAGUUUAUUCCUCUCAACCAAACCAAGGAGGUCGAUGGUGAUGAAUUGAUGGAAUUAUACGAUAGUGACAAGCAUCUUGGCAAAUUCCUUCACAUUAUCCGUGAUUCUCCAGUAUAUCCCGUUGUCUUUGAUGCCAACCGCACAGUGUGCUCCCUUCCACCUAUUAUCAACUCUGAGCACUCAAAGAUCAAGUUGUCGACCAAGAACGUCUUUAUCGAAAUCACUUCCACUGAUGAACACAAGUCCAACAUUGUCUUGAAUAUCCUCUGUGCCAUGUUUUCAGAAUACUGUGCCGAGCCUUUCACCGUGGAACCUGUUGAGAUUGUGUAUCCUGGUGGCCGUGUUGAGCAAACCCCCAAGUUGGACCCAUGGCGCGCUACUGCAAAGGUGGAUUACAUCAACUCAUGCACUGCUCUUGAUCUUCCUGGUGAUGAGAUCUGCAAGCUUCUUGAAAAGAUGACUUUGGCUGCCAAGGUGAACCCUGAUGAUAAGAACGAGGUGUUGGUGGAUGUGCCACCUACCCGUUGGGAUAUCCUUCACGCUGCCGAUAUCAUGGAAGAUGUGGCCAUUUCCUAUGGAUACGACAACUUGCCUCGCAAGAUGCCUGGUGUCAACACGGUUGCCUCAGCAUUGCCCACCAACAAAUUGUCUGAUCACGUACGCCGUGAAUUGGCCAUGUCUGCCUUUACUGAAGUUGCUCCUUUGAUCUUGUGCUCGCAUGAUGAAAACUUCAAGUUCUUGAACCGUGUCGAUGACAACACCACUGCCAUCAAGCUUGCCAACCCCAAGACCGCUGAAUACCAAGUUGUACGUACAUCUUUGCUUCCAGGUGUCCUCAAGACCAUCAACAGCAACAAGAAGCUUCCUCUUCCUAUCAAGGUCUUUGAAGUGUCCGAUAUUGGUUUGAAGGAUGAGUCACGCGAACGUAGAACCCGAAACGAGCGCCAUGUUUGUGCAGCAUACAUGUCCAAGACCUCUGGCUUCGAAGUCAUCCAUGGUCUUUUGAACCGAUUGAUGGAGAUGCUCAACACGCAUAUGGUUGCAAAGGAUGGUAAUGCACUUGGUUACUGGAUCCAGGAAUCUGAAAACCCCACUUACUUCCCUGGUCGUUCCGCUGAUAUCCAUCUUCGCUACGUGAACGAGGAAACCGGUGAACGCAAGCAAGAAAUUGUUGGCUCGUUCGGCGUCUUACAUCCCACCGUUCUCGAGAACUUUGAACUCACUCAUCCCACCACUGCCCUUGAAUUCAACCUUGAACCCUUUGUGUAA